AUGUCUGCUACGAACGAAGAACACAGCCGUUUCUCCAAAUCAGGGCAAGCAGUAAUAGGUGGUGGACGAGUCGUGGCAAUGUGCCAUCGCUCAGUUGAUUUGGAUGUUGGAAUAGUUAUGGGAAUUGCAUUUACAGCAGUCGUCUGUUCUCUUGUGGCUGAUGUUGUUAUGCCAUUUGCUGGUGUUGCUGUUACACUCCGAGCACCAAAUGCAUCAUCAUGCGCUACGUUGGGCGUUGACCGUAACAACAUCAACACCAUUGCUCAACUUCAAGCUGUUGGGGGUAUUUCUUGGAAUUAUGGCCGUUUCAUUCAAUUUCUGAUCUCAUUCCUGGUUACUGCCGUCAUUGUCUUUCUCGCUGUCAAGGCUUACACUGAGGUGUUCUUACACGUUGCACCUGCUUUGGUUGCUAAAACUCCUGCCACCAAAAAGUGUGCCAUGUGCACAGAGACUAUUCCUGCUGCCGCUUUGAGGUGUAAAUUCUGUACGUCAGACCAAGGUAUGCCUGAAAUCGUCGACCACGGAAAGUCUGCGUAA